AUGAGGGAAAACAAUGGUGAUCAGCUGGGCACAGUAGUAGCAAUGAUUAUAUCAGGAGCAUUAGCUCAGAGUGCUCUUGGGUGGCCAUCUAUAUUCUACUUCUUUGGUGGACUUUCCAUACUUUGGGGAAUGAUAUUAUUCUGGUUUGGAGGGAAUACUCCUUCUGGACAUAAGAAUAUUUCUAGAGCAGAACUUAUUUAUAUUGAAGAAUCUUGGAAGGACGUCUCUCGUGAACGAAAGAAGUUUCCAACGCCGUGGAUAUCAAUUUUCACAUCACUGCCCGUAUUUGCUUCUAUAGUAGCCACUAUGUCGCUGUGCUGGGGAUACUACACACUCCUGACAGAGAUACCAACGUAUCUGAGUAAUGUUCUUCGAUUUGACAUUGCAUCUAACGGGCUACUUUCUGCACUGCCUUACGUCGUUAACUGUGCCCUGAGUCUUGCCUUCAGCUGGGUCAUCAACAGCGUAGAGAAGAAGGAAAUAUUUAGCAAGGGGACCUUGAGGAAGGUGGCCAAUUCCAUUGGUUACUGGAUCCCAGCCGCGGCUUUAGUUGCCCUCAGCUUCAUCUCAGUGGAGGACCCAACGGCAGCUGUGAUCUUGCUGACUGUCUCCGUCGGUUUUAAUAGUAUCAGCAUCAUGGGCUACCAGAUGAACCUUAUCGACAUCGCACCAAACUUCUCUGGCCUGAUGAUGGGUAUUACUGGUAGCAUCGGGACACUGAUGUCAGUCGCUGCACCACUUUAUGUGGGGGCUAUAGUCAAGGAGAACACCAUUCAAGAGUGGAGAAUUGUAUUCCUCACAGCAGCUGGAGUCUUCUUUGUGGGCAAUCUGAUUUUCGUUAUUUUCGGUGAUGGCGAAGUUCAACCUUGGAACGACCCUAACUAUUCGAGAGGAAAGAAAACAGAAACUAUAGAAAAGGUUGCAGUUUGA